AUGCUUCGAUUAUUCGCGUUCCUUUUCAUAUUAUUCCAAUUAUGCAAUGCAAAAAUUCAAAUGAGGGUUCAAGCCGCAAAAGUGCCAAUGGAGCAUUCGGAUAGUCGACGAUAUUUGAGCAGGAAUUCGUUUCGUGUCGAACAUCAGCACGUCGCUGAUUUUCGAGAUUUUGCCUAUUUCGGAAAUAUUAGUCUCGGAACACCCGAACAACGCUUCCUCGUUGUCUUGGAUACUGGCAGUUCGAAUCUUUGGGUGCCCGACAACACUUGUGGGAAAGAUGAAAGAAAUUCUGCCUGCAAGCACAAGCGAAAAUUUAUGAUGGAAAAAUCGGGAUCAUACGAGAAGGAUGGCCGAAUGUUCAGUAUUGGAUACGGAACGGGAAGUGCCUCGGGAUAUCUCGGAAAAGAAACACUUUGCUUCUCUGACACCACGCUAUGUGUAAAAUCACAAGUAUUCGGACAGGCGACCAGUUUGGCACCAUUUUUUGCGCGACAGGAAAUUGAUGGUAUUCUCGGUUUAGGGUUUACUGAGCUCGCAGUCAACAAUGUCGUUCCUCCACUUAUCAAUGCAAUCGAACAGGGAUUACUGGAAGAACCUGUUUUUACGGUAUACUUGGAGCAUCAUGUGAAGACGGCAGAGCGAGGAGGGUAUUUCACGUAUGGAGGGGAAGACGGCGAACAUUGCGGACAAGUGAUUACUUGGGUCCCACUGUCUAGGGCCGCUUAUUGGCAAUUUAGAAUGGACUCAGUUGGUGUUAGAUCGUCAACAGAAAUUUCGAAAGGCUGGGAAGUGAUCUCGGAUACUGGUACUUCAUUUAUUGGUGGUCCCUCCCAUAUUAUAAAAUCGAUUGCCUAUCAAUUCGGUGCCACCUACGAUAUUUUCAACGACAUUUACACAGUUCCGUGUUCCAAGGUCAGAAAGAUGCCGUCGAUCAAAAUUCGCGUGAACAAUGUUGAUUUGGAAAUUCAGCCGGAGAAUUUGAUUGCUCAUUCGGCUCCUGGUGAAUGCGAUUUGGCACUCUUCGAUAUUUUCACCGGCGGAUUUGGUCCCGCCUGGAUUCUCGGCGACCCAUUCAUUCGCCAGUAUUGCAAUAUUCAUGAUGUUCGAAACAAACGGAUCGGCUUCGCAAAAUCGAAACAGGUCCUUUAA